AUGGCUUCAUCCCGCCUCAGCCGUCACAAUCCAAAUGAUAACCUUGCCAAAGCUUGCAACUCCAUGAGAGGCUGGCUUUUCAAUGAUCACAAUCCUGCGCCGACAGUUCCCCCAGGCGUUGCCACAGCAGGUGGUCGAGGCCCUACGCGUCAUGAAAGCCAUCCGGGCGGGCCGAGCAAUGUCGGCACUACUCUCCUGUCGACCCCUCCUUUGCAAGAGGAGCACAAGAGCAACAGCUCUGGCAAACAUUCGUCUGUGCCAACCCACCACAGCAACACCAGCGCCAAGGUCAUGACGACCAAAUUGGAGACACCUGUCGCUUUUGCAGGCCAUGACACUGGUUUCGUCAUCCAUUCCGACGACCCGAACAACAAGUGGGGGAAGCCUCUGGAUUACGAGCUCGCCAGACAACAGCUCGAGGAGGAGGAGAAACAGAAGGCGGCAGACCUGCGAGACUUCUAUGCACAGAAACGAGCGGCACUCAAAGUUCAGGACAUUACUCUGCCUCAGAAGACCGUGGCAAUCUCUCCGAAGAAAGAGAAUGCACAAGAACCGGUUCCUAUCACACUGGAAUUCAUCCAGAAGACCAUCCCACAGGAUGAAUUUCUUCAGAAGGAGAAACGGAGCGCGGACAGCUGGAGCGUCAGCGACUUGGACCCUUCCACCAACAUCAACAGUCAGUCUGUCAAACUCGUCGAAAAGUUGCCGGAAAUCCGAAGGCCCGUGUCGCGCAAAGACCAUCGGGCCACGUUCAACACCACUCUCUUGUCGGGUAAGGGCAAAGAAGGGAGCAUCUCUCACACAUGGCUUGAUAGCCUCGAGCUGCCUGAGCCAGUCACCCUGCCCAAAGACUCCAACGGCCUCGAAUAUCGCCGUUUCGAUAUUGACACAAUCACUGGGAACAUGAUUGCUCCUCCGGAGUAUCCCGAGACCCUGCAAUGCUACAUUGAAGGCGCUUGCCGGGACGCUCGUGACAUCGGCUGGCGACGAUGCAACAUGACGUCCGAAUUGCAGAUCACUCGUGAGCUCGCGAGUCGCCAGAAGCUUGGAAUGCAGGUCCGAGACUCAAUCGCCCAGGUCCAGGCCGACACGAGAGUUGCUUCCGACGCGGCGGCGGAAGAUCAUCAGUGGCCCAACGCACAUUGUGUCGUGCGACCGGCCUGUCCCGCAGAUUUCCAGCAGAUCGCCGACAUUAUCAAUCUCGAGACUCAAUCAGGCUCACUUCAUGUUCUCGACUCCAAGCAGGUGUCUGCUGCGGACAUCAACAAGGUGUUUACAUACUGCCAGCAUCACAAGCGGCCCUUUAUCGUCGCGGUCCCCGCCGAAGAUGAGUUGUUGGACCCGGCGAAAUGGCCAAAGAGCUCGGGAAAAGCGUAUCAGGAAUACCUCGAGUUCAAAAAGUCUCAGCCAGUGAGAACCCCGCCGGUGGUAGGCUUCGGAUUCAUCAGCGAAGCCUUUCGGGUUGGACUCCUUAACGCCCCAUGUCCUGGAAUGCGCUUCUCCGGACAGGCACGGAUUGUGGUGCACCCUAAGCAUCGACGUCAGCUAUAUGGGUCAGCGCUUCUUGACAAGCUCCUCAGCUGCAUCUGCUUUCGCCGCAGCUUCGUUGACUACGAAUGGAAGUGUGCAGAAAGUGGGCACAUUUACGACACCUCGCACACUUCCAACGUGCGCCAGUACACUCGACUGUACAUUGAAGUUCUCUGCGAGGGUAGAGAGGAUGCAGGUCUCAAGUGGCGUGACGCGAUGCUGAGUAAAUACGGCUUCACCGAAGCAGCUCAUCUUCGCCGUUUUGUUCGGACUGAUCGAGGUCCAGAGAGCAAGUGGAUCGACGUCGUAUUGUACGAAUUUGAGGCUCAGAAGAGCCUCGAGGUUUGCGAUCGACGUCCUGGAGAAUACUUGCUGCCGCAGCCCUAG